CCGCCUGGAGGGGUCGGGCGCAGCGCUGCCUCCGCCCCGAGACACCAGGAGCGCCGCGGAGUGGAAGCCGAAGGGCCGCGUCGAAGCCAGCGGGGCGGACGCGCCCAGUCCCGUCACGCAGAGCCCGGACGGGGGUCCGGACGGGGCCGGAGCGAAGCCCGCGUGGCAUGAGGCCGCGGGGCCGCCUGGGCGCUCUCCGCCGGGCGGGCUUUCGCGGGGAAGAACUACGGACGACCGACGUGCCCAAGACCAUGUGCAGAGCGCCCUCCGUCCGACGCACCCCCCUUUGUCUCGCGGCGCGGCUGCAAAGCGAUCCGAGCCCGAGCAAGCGACGGCGGCGCCCCCAUGGAUAUUGACCUGGACUACGAGCGCCCCAACGUCGAGACCAUCAAGUGCGUGGUGGUGGGCGACAACGCGGUGGGCAAGACGCGGCUCAUCUGCGCGCGGGCCUGCAACGCCACGCUCAGCCAGUACCAGCUGCUGGCCACCCACGUGCCCACCGUCUGGGCCAUCGACCAGUACCGCGUCUGCCAGGAGGUGCUGGAGCGCUCCCGCGACGUGGUGGACGAGGUCAGCAUCUCCCUGCGCCUCUGGGACACCUUCGGGGACCACCACAAGGACCGGCGCUUCGCCUAUGGCAGAUCUGAUGUGGUGGUGCUCUGCUUCUCCUUGGCCAACCCCAACUCACUGCGGCACGUGAAGACCAUGUGGUACCCAGAAAUCAAGCACUUCUGCCCACGUACCCCCAUCGUGCUGGUGGGCUGCCAGCUGGACCUGCGCUAUGCAGACCUUGAGGCAGUGAACCGGGCGCGUCGUCCCUUGGCCAAGCCCAUUAAGCCUUCGGAUAUCCUGCCCCCUGAGUGCGGGCACGAGGUAGCCAAGGAGCUGGGCAUCCCGUACUACGAGACGAGCAUCGUGGCCCAAUUUGGCAUCAAGGAUGUCUUCGACAACGCAAUUCGGGCCGCCCUCAUCUCCCGUCGUCACCUCCAGUUCUGGAAGUCUCACCUGAAGAAGAUGCAGCACCCACUGCUGCAAGCCCCCUUCCUGCCUCCCAAGCCUCCCCCACCCAUCAUCCACAUCCCUGAGCCAGCUGCUGGGGAGGGGCGGGGGCCCAGCUCACUCUUCCAGGAGCCCCUUUGCGCCGAUGUGGUCUUCCGCCUGGCAGGAGGCCACCAGCUCUUUGCGCACAGGGUCUACCUGGCCACGGCCUGCUCCCGGUUCUACGACCUCUUUGCGGGGGACUUGGGGGAUGGGCCGGCUGGCGGAAAGGAGCCAGCCAGCCGGACGAAGAGCUUGGACACAGCAGACCAGAGAUACCCGACCACAGCCACGCGGGCCGUGCCGCUGCGGCCCUCUCAGAGUGAUGAGCCCCUGUGCGCAGCUUGGAUGCCCGGCCCGGUUUCUGGCUGGGGCCGGGGCAUCGUUGAGGUGCGGCAGGAGCGGGUGCAGGACCCGGUCACGCAGCAAGAGAAGCCGAUGACAGCCGUGUACCUGGAUGAGCCAGUGCAGCUGGGCCCUUUCCAGGUGGUGCUGGAGUACCUGUACACCGGGCGCCUGGAUCCACCCCAGGCCAGCCUCAUGCAGGUGGCUGCCAUUGCCGAGCUGCUGGAGGUGUUCGACUUGCGCAUGAUGGUCGCCAACAUCCUGAACAAGGAGAGCUUCAUGAACCACGAGAUCACCAAGGCCUUCCACGUGCGGCGGGCCAACCGGAUCAGGGAAUGCCUGAGCAAAGGCUCCUUUGCAGAUGUGGUGUUCCUGGUUGAUGAUGGCUCCAUGCCAGCACAUAAGCCCCUCCUCCUGGCAGGCUGCGACUUCAUGGUGGCCAUGUUUGGGGGCACCUUCCGGGAGAGCUGUGCUGCUGAGGUCUCCCUGCCAGGCACCAACUGUGCCUGCCUGCGGGCUGUGCUGGAGUUCCUGUACACGGGCCUCUUUGUCCCCAGCCCAGACCUGGACGCCAUGGAGCUGCUGGUGCUCACCAACCGGCUUUGCCUGACCCGCCUGCAGGCCCUGACCGAGCAGCACGCAGUGGAUGAGCUGAUGCAUGCCAGCCUUCAGCAGGUGGAAAUCGAUGCCCAGGUGAUCCUCUACCUGGAAAUGACACAGUUCCAUCAAGCCCUCCAGCUGGCCGCCUGGUGCCUCCACUACAUCUGCACCAACUACAACCAGGUCUGCCGCCGGUUCCCGCGCGAGAUGAAGGCCCUGUCUCCCGAGAACAGGGCCCACUUUGAGACCCACCGCUGGCCCCCCGUCUGGUACCUGAAGGAGGAGGACCGCUACCUGCGCAUGCAGAAGGAGCGGGCGCAGGAGGAGGAGGCCCUCCGCAAGCAGCAUCCGCGCAGCAAGUGGUGCUUCUGGCGCCCCCACCGGCCCAGCCCCGUCUCCUGAGCAAGGCCCCGCCCACCGGGAGGGAGGGGCCCCGCCCUGCUGCUGGUGCCUUUGCUGGGGAGGGGCGCUUCUGCCUUGUCAACCGGCUGCCUCUCCAUCCCCGGCUCUGUGCCUCUUGCCAUGCCUUCACUGGGGGGGGAGGGGCCCAGCACUGGUUGCUACCUCUGACCUUGGCAGUAUUCUGGGGGGGCGGGAGGGGGGAAAGUGACCGUGCAGGUGAUGGAGGAAAAGGGAGGGGGGUUGUGGUGUGAUUAUGUGCCGUGGAAGGGGAUCAAUAGGGGGAUUUGGGGGAGGCCGGGUGGGUGCAUGAGUGGAGGAGCCAGAGCCCCCUAGUUGGGGAGCCACUAGCCGUAGAAAGGGCUCCCUCUUCCCUUCCCAUGGGGGGGGCAGUGCAGAGAGGCGCUGUGGCUGCUCCUGGGACACCAGGCAGCUGCUGCCCAGAGCUGGCCUUUCCUUGGGGUGGGGCAAAGGGGUGGGAGUGCCCGCUCUUCCUUGGUGCCAUCUGGUGCAUUAAGGGAAAUUGCUGCCAAUAACCUUAGCAAAAAAAAGGGGGGGGGCUGCAGAGCUGCAGUUUUUAAACCUUUUUCACUUUUUUCUACCUGUUCCGUUUUUUUCUCAAGAUGUCAACCAAGCACAAACUGAUCUGGGGGUGGGCCGGUGUGACCUUCCCCACCCCGGACCGAAGGGCUUUGAUGCCCCAGGCCCCUUGUGGCCUGCGUGCAUCUGCAUAACCACUGUGAGCUGGGCUAGCCCCCGUUUCUUAUACACUUUGCUGUUGAGCCGUUUGGAAUCUUUAAUAAAGAGCCUUUUGUAUUGUG